AUGGCAGGAGUGCAGCUUGCAGCUGUAGCUCUUGGAGUUGAGGUUCCUUCUAUGUCGGUAGUUGUUCAGUCAAUGGCCUCUCAGCCAGUUGUGACCCAGCCUACUAUGCGCUUUGUUGAGAACUUUGCUAUCAUUUCAUCCCCUAUGACUGGAUUGACUCAAAAGGAAGUUUCUUUCCGAUGGUCGGAGAAGUAUGAGUUGAUCUCUGGAAAGCUCAAGGAUUGUCUUACUUCAGCUCCUGUUUUACCUCUGCCUAUUGAGAGUGGGGGAUUCACCAUGUUCUGUGACGCUUUGGGUAUUGAUCUUGGUUGUGUCUUGAUGCAGGAGCGUCAUGUCAUUACUUAUGCUUCUAGAUAG